AUGAUAUCGAAUAUGGUGAAACUUGUUUUUAAGACGUAUCUAGUUCUGACAUAUUGUUCUCUAGCAAUUAGUUCAGAAGAAGAUUCAAAUCUUAUAGAACGGAAGAGAGUAUCUGGUGAAAUUCUAUCAAGACAGAAAAGGUAUUUAAUGUUUCCUGAAGGCAGUUCUUUUCAAAUGGUAAUUUGUGAACAAAAUCAUGGCUAUUUACAGUUAGGUAACAUAGUCUGGUUUGCGAACACAGCGGCUCUUGCUUGGGAAUUACCAUCAGAUCCUAAGUACUUCCAUAUAUUUAAGGAACACGAAAAAGACUUUAUUCAGAAUAGGAAUGGAGUGUCUAAGAGUAUAUAUUUGUUGGAUGAAGCUGGAAAAGUAUUAUCUAAAAUUCCAUAUCACAAAAAGUUUAUUGUAAACCCGGCUUUCGCUAAACGUAGUGUGGCAGAAGAUUCCAAUGUAGACCGAUCAUUGAUGCACGAAAAACAAAAGAACGCAAGCUAUUUACAAGAUCUAGAUUCAAAUAGCGUCGAAUUUCAUAGGAAUGAACGAAAGGAUUUGUACCAGAAAAUCGAAGGAUUUUUAAGGACUCUAGGCCUCAACGGGCAGGAAUGUGUUCUCCGGAUGCUGUGUGAGACCGGGCAAGGCAGGCCUCAACAGGGCACGUUCUUCGAAGAAAUCAUGAGGGCUACCUUUACAUUCCCGCAAGGCACGAUUUCUACUGAUCAUCUAUAUGACAAGGCACAUACAUCUCAGGACGAUUGUGGAAUUUUGUAUCCAAACUGUGAAAUAGCUUUAAGUCAUAUAAACUAA